GCCCAUUUUUGGUCUCUCUUUCCACUCUUCCCGCUCAAACUCUUUUGAAAGUCACCGGCUGCCCGAUCUUCUCGCUUCUGCCGUUCGCCGUUCCGGCGGGAGAGGAGGGCGAAGCGGAGGCAUCGCUGUCGCCAGCCCUUGUCUCACAAAGAUGGCCUACGACCCAAAGGACGACGUUGACCGACUCUUCGCUUGCUUCAAGUGCGGAGUCUCCACCCCCGAAUCGGCAGUCAGAGAAAGAAGGCUCUCGGUCGCAAGACUCAAGGCGACCUCGGGGAGAGGGGAGGCGCCUGAAGUUUCAAAGCCAAGCUCAUCUAAGCGAUCCUGUAAGGAUUCCGGUGAAAAAGAGAAGCAUGGUGCAUAUAUGUCUGCAGCAAUCAAACUAAAGAGCGGAAAGCAGAUUUCUCCUAUUAUUUUUUAUGGGUCUCCACAUGGAGCCCCACUUAAAAGACCAUCACGAUUGCUUCGAUUGUUGCAUGAGAUUCAUGUUGAUCUCAAUGAAGAAAAUGACUUCAUUUCAAGGAAAGGUGUCUGGGCAACUUUCCCAAGACAAGAGGAAGCAAUCAGAUUCUUGAAAGGGCAUACACAAGCUAAACUGUUUAGUUAUCAAGAUCACUUGAGUGGACAAAGAAGGUUUCUUGCCUCUACAUACAAUGAAUUCUGGACAAGAUAUAUAGGUAUGGAUUCUAAGUUACGUCAUCACUACGAAGUCAUUCAAGAGGGUACGCCUUGCCACUUAUAUUUUGAUUUGGAGUUUGAUAAGAAAGUUAAUGCUGACAAAGAUGUUGAUGAAAUGGUGGACAUUUUGGUAUCAUUUACUUACGAUCUCUUAUUUGACAAGUAUUCAAUUGAAGGAAAUAAUGGAUGGAUCAUAGAACUUGAUUCAUCCACGUCAGUAAAAUUUUCACGCCAUGUGAUUAUUCGCAUACCAAGAGUUGCCUUCAAGGACAACUCACAUGUUGGUGCAUUUGUUAUGGAGGUGUAUUCUCGUAUCACCAGUCAAAGAGGAAGUGUCCCGCAGGUUGACAAAUUGUAUGUCAAGAAAGACGCUAGCUCUUCUGAUCGUCAGCCUUUUCUUGACAAUGCUGUCUAUUCUCGAAAUCGUUGUUUCCGUCUAGCUUUCUCUUCAAAGGCCGGGAAGAAUUCUUUUCUUUUGCCUACUGAACGCUUUAAAUGUAAGAACAUGAGUAAACAGGACGUGUUCAUGGAAUCCUUAAUCUGCAGAAUGGACUGUGAUUGCAGUAAACUUUUAGUUUGUCAAAUAGAUGCGGAUUGCAGAAAAACCUUGUGCUUUGAUUUUGAGGUUCAACAACAAGCUCAAGGUGUUUCACAAUAUGCUGCAUUUGAUGUAUAUAGAAGUGAUUUCCCAAACACAUUUACUUCAGGAAAAUCUCCAUUUCCAGCUUUAGAUGCAUUUGUGGAAUAUAUAGCAUCAUCAGGGAAUGCUUUAGGAAAAAUUCGAAGUUGGUAUUGGUUUUCAUCACACGGUCUAAUUGUUUACAGUAUGUUAAGAAGCAGAUAUUGUGAGAGGAUUGGUAGAGAACAUAAAAGCAAUCAUGUUAUGUACGUUGCUGAUCUUCAUAGAGCUGUGUAUUACCAGAAGUGUUAUGAUCCUGAUUGCAGAGGAUAUCGAUCUCCUUUACGGCCAUUACCACAUGAUGUGAUUCCUGACAAUGUUCCAUUUCUGAAUUCAACUGAGGUGACGAUGACAAACAUCAAUGGUGAUCUUGGUGGAAGCCAUUUGGAACUUUACUCAAAUGACAAUGACAAGUUGGUUACCGAAAGCUGUAUGGAAGAAAAUAGCUGGUUGCAGGAAGCCAUGAAGUUUGCAGAUUGUGUCGAAAAUUCGAGGAAUGCACCUGAUUUUGGAAUUCUGAACGAGGAAGCUGUUGAAGACUGCAGCUGGUGGAUGGAUGUGGAACUGCUGGUGUCACAGGUUGAAGAAGGGCUUGGUUGACCUCUAGUGUCGAAAAUUUGUAACAAUUCACCAACUCACUUUGAUCCUUUUUCGGUUGACUGUAAUUAUUAUUUUUCUAUGCUACGUAAAAUAAAAGGCUCAAUCUGUUAUUAUC